AUGGGUAGUGAUUCGAGCAGUGACCAAGGCACAGCCCGCUCGGAUGCCUUCCAGCCUGAGAAUCUUGAAUUUGUCGGUUACAAUGCUAGACAACAUGAUUUGUUCUUCAAUUCCAUUCAGGAGUACUCAUCUUCAAUCAUCAACUUCUGCGCAUUCACCCCACGACCGAUGGACAUCAAAUUCACCUCCCGCGUUGCCAAACACCUCCAAAGGAACUCAAAUUUGUUCGUGAUUAUCUACAAGGAAAUCGAACCUAUCGGUACACUUUUCUUGGAGUCACCUCAUCGAGAUAUGGCCCACCACCGAUGCUCCGAGCUAGGAAUCGGCAUUUUAACGGAGUACCAAUAUCACGAAACCGAGGCAGUCGAGCGGGCACUGAACUGGGCGUUUGACAGUGCCGGUCUACACCGGGUGGAGAUGAACCUUCCAUCGUGGAAUAUGCGAGUGGGGAAGUUGUGUGAGAAGUUCAGGUUUCAGAAAGAGGGAACAAGGAAGGAAUGCCUUUUCAAGGACGGCGAAUGGUGGGAUGAAGUGAAUAUGGCUAUUCUGGAGAAGGACUGGAAGCAACGUCAGAUCGAGAUGAAGAGGUAG